AUGGCGCCGUUUAUAUGUCAACAACGCCCAGCACCUUCGUCGGACAGUGGUAAUGUAAAUUUCUGUACUUGUAUGACAUGCAAACGCACUGGUCUGUCUGCCCUGGUGAGCCUCGAGGUGUCACGCGCAGUCGAUGCCGCUGUCGAGGCCCUGCCAGAGGGAUCCUGCCGCUGGGACGCCACCAACCUCCUGGAAGCUCUGCGCAAUGGCUCGGAAGACGCUCUGCGCGUGAAUGGCACCGCAGUUGGAAUCAUAUUACAAACAGAGAGUGAGAAUUUCAAGCGCAUCCGCAGCUCCUCCGGCGAGGAGACGACAGGCCGCUCGGUUCGUGGACUGCUGGGUCAGCGCUGGCCGCCAUUAUGCAAGCGCGUGAUGCUGGACGCGACAGGGAAGCCCGGAUCGUCCAUCCUGCGCGGCAACUUGCGGCUGCUGGGAGACUUCGACGAGUGUGUGGCGAUGCCCGCGUCGCGCUACUGCCUGGCGGACGUGCGGCUGCCCGCGCCCGCAGACAUCGACAACGCGACGGCCCGCCUCCUCAGCAUAGCCACAGCGGGGCGCUGGCUCUUUGAGGACAUCCCUCGCAGAUCUGGUCCAAUGGUCCUUCCAGUUUUCUCUUUGACUCAAUGGGGAAUAUGUGUUCCUAUAUCUUGUGAUCCUGAUGAAGUCUCGGCAUUUGUCACAAGUUUUUUAGAGAACUUAUGUGGCUUAAAGCUGACAAUAGAUGUUCCACAUGGAUCAUGCACGUCCAAAUUGCCAUCACUGAGCACAGCAGACAUUGUAAUUCUGUCAACUAUACUGGUGGUGAUCAUUUUUAUAGUUUUGUGUACAUUCUGGGACCUUGUAGUGAGAGCAUGCCAAAAGCGUAAUGAAGAGGAAAAAGCAUCUAACUCACUUGCUAACUUAGCAAAAGGAAUGUCAUUGUGUAGCAGCUGGAAGAAUCUCUGGAACAAUCAUCGCACAAAUAGUUCCAUUGCGUGCAUUGAUGGUAUCCGUGCUUUCAGUGCUCUGUGGGUCAUUAUGACCCAUAAAAUUCUCCAGAUGUCACAGGAACCAUGGGUCAAUAAAGUUAUUCUUCUUGAGUCAACACGUGACAUACCAAAGAUGCCACUUCUGAACAGUAUGAUUAAUGUAGAUUCAUUCUUUCUGAUAAGUGGGAUGCUUCGUGCGAUGAAUUUCAUGAGAGAUGUAAAAAAAUCGCAUGGGGUUAACUACGUACUUUUCAAUGUUGUAAUAUUCAUCACCAGGUUAACACCAGCAUAUGCAGUGGUGCUUGCAGUAUAUGCAUGUCUGUUACCAUAUUUUGGUUCUGGGCCUGAGUGGAAUACUCAAGUCGGUUACAACUCAAAAAUGUGUAAACAACACUGGAUGUUCAAUAUAAUGUAUGUUAAUAACUACAUAAACUAUGAAAAUAUGUGUAUGUUACAAUCAUGGUAUUUGUCUGCUGACAUGCAACUAUUUGUUUGUGCACUCAUUAUACUGAUACCACUGUACUACUGGCACAAAAUUGGUGAACUGCUGCUGGGACUGGUUAUUUUUGUGUCAGUAGCACUGCCAUUUGCUACUGUUCUCAUCCGACGGCUUCCUGGUCUCUACCAGCCCACCCAGCCGGAUGAUCAGCUUUAUGAAUAUAUGCGUGAUGUUUAUAUGGCAACACACAACAGGAUGACACCCUAUCUUGUCGGACUGGCUCUAGGCUACUUGCUCCAUAGGAUUAAGGGCCAGCCUGUUACUAAAAGUAAGGUACUCAUUGGUGUUGGCUGGACAGUGAGCCUGUUAGUACUGGGUGCAGUAGUGUGGGGGCCAUACCACCUGCUCCAGGAAUGUGCUAGCCUUACAACAACUACACUGGAGUCUGCUGCCUAUGCUGCUCUACAUCGAUUCACGUGGGCACUUGCCCUUGGAUGGAUUAUCAUUGCAUGUUACCAUAAUCUCCAAUUUGGAGUUAUAGGUGAUGCUGUCAAGGGCAUUCUGGAGAGCAGUACAUGGCAACCACUGAGUAGACUUUCAUAUUGCAUCUUUCUGACACAUAUUGCUGUCUUACUCAUUAAUAGUGGAAGAAUACGAACACCAAUCUUCAUGGAUGAGUAUCUUCUGAUGCACAGUUAUGCUGGAGAUCUGGCCAUUGUAUUGUUAAUAUCAAUGGCUCUCCACCUAUUUGUUGAAGCUCCUUCACUUUUUCUGGCUCGAACCAUUUUCAGUCGUCAAGGAAACCAACAGCAGUCUUCAAAAAUAGUGAAAAGUCAAACUCCACAUCAAAAAAAUACAGUAGACCAGAAGAAAAAACAACAGAGGUGGCAGCAUGUGUCUCCAACAGACAUUCCAACAUCAAGUGAAUGCCCUGUUGGUCAGCCAUAGUAAUUUACUCAAGAUCUUGGCAAAGUAUCUCUGCAUUGUAGAAACAUUAUCUCCUUCUACUAGUUACCUGCAUAGUGAUGAAGGGUAAAGUUUUGUUACAUAAACAACAAGAAUCUACUAGAAACUCAAGAUUAUUUUAUCUAGUAUAAUAGUAC